AAAACAUCUCAUUUCUCAAUCAACAAAACAAAAAGAUAUUCAAUUUCACAACCCAUUCUAUUCAGUCGAUCACUUUACCCCCAAAAUCUACCUAAACUUUAUCCGAUUCUCACUACAUAUAGUGUCCAUUUGAUCAAACUCACCCCUAAAGAUGGAGAACAUGUUUAGACUCAUGGGAAGUGAUGAUUUCUCCGACCGAAGACGGUGCAUUUGGGUUAACGGUCCGGUUAUCAUCGGAGCUGGGCCAUCGGGGCUAGCGACUGCCGCUUGCCUCCGCGAGGAAGGCGUUCCCUUUGUGGUAUUGGAGAGAGCAGAGUGCAUAGCUUCACUGUGGCAGAAACGAACUUACGACAGACUCAAACUUCAUUUACCCAAGAAAGUUUGUCAAUUACCCAAAAUGCCCUUCCCGGAAGAUUACCCGGAAUACCCAACAAAACGACAAUUCAUCGAUUACCUUGAGUCUUACGCAAACCGUUUCGAAAUUAGCCCUCAGUUCAACGAGUGUGUUCAAUCCGCUCGGUACGACGAGACUAGUGGUCUCUGGCGCCUCAAAACGACACCGUCGAAUUCCUCUGCUGUCGUUGGAUCGGAGAUGGAGUAUAUCUGCCGGUGGCUUGUGGUGGCGACGGGAGAAAACGCGGAGAGAGUUGUUCCGGAUAUCGAUGGGCUCACAACGGAGUUCGACGGCGAAGUGAUCCACUCUUGUGAGUAUAAAUCCGGCGAGAAAUACAGAGGAAAGAGUGUUCUUGUCGUCGGAUGUGGAAACUCCGGCAUGGAGGUUUCGCUUGAUCUCGCAAAUCACAAUGCUAAUCCCUCCAUGGUUGUUCGUAGCUCGGUUCAUGUGUUACCGAGGGAGAUUCUAGGCAAAUCCAGUUUCGAAAUCUCAAUGAUGCUGAUGAAGUGGCUACCUCUAUGGCUAGUAGACAAGAUUUUGUUGAUCCUCGCAUGGCUGAUCUUGGGAAAUUUGACAAAGUAUGGGCUAAAGAGGCCCAAGAUGGGCCCAAUGGAGCUUAAGGUCGUCACAGGGAAGACUCCAGUUCUUGACAUCGGAGCAAUGGAGAAAAUCAAAUCCGGCGAGGUAGAAAUCGUCCCUGGAAUCAAACGGUUCUCUCGUAGCCACGUGGAGCUCAUAGAUGGACAGAGAUUAAAUCUCGACGCGGUGGUCCUCGCCACUGGUUACCGUAGCAAUGUCCCUUCUUGGCUUCAGGAAAAUGAUUUGUUUUCCAAAAAUGGGUUUCCGAAAUCGCCUUUUCCAAACGCCUGGAAAGGGAAAUCGGGACUUUACGCGGCUGGAUUCACGAGGAAAGGAUUGGCCGGAGCAUCAGCAGAUGCCGUUAACAUCGCUCAAGACAUUGGAAACGUGUGGAGAGAAGAGACCAAACGACAGAAAAUGAGAACACGAGUGGGUCACCGCAGAUGCAUCUCAGUUGCUUAGGGCUCAAGUUAGGGCUCUUCUAUAUUUUAUUUUUUUCAAAGGGUUUGGGGAAGGAAAAAGAGUGUUUAUUAAUUAUUUCAUUUGUUUUGUAUUAAAAAAAAAGAGAGAGAGAGAGAAAGUAUAGAUACAGAUAAAAGGAUAGAACAGUGUGUAAAAGAGAGCCCUCUCCUGAGAAGACCCAACGGUGUUGUUUUUGAAGGCUGUGUGGGCGUUUUGUAUUAACUAGGAUGACGUGGCAUUCUCUUGUUUAUUUACUUUAUUUUAAAGGGUAUUUUUUGUUUUUUUAUUUUUAUGAAAAGUAAUAACUGAUACUCAUUAUCAUACUUAAAAGUUCCUUUUAUUUGAGUUCUUUUUUAUUGCAAAAUAAGUUUUUGCUAUUCUAUGAAUGAUGAUAAUACCGUUUUGCU